GAAAUGAUAAUUAAGAUUUAGUUUGGCACACUGUGUCAGCCAUGAACUAAUAAAUAACACUUCAACUCACUAUUGUGUAACAACUAUUUUCUCAGUGAAAUCUGGCCCUGGAUAUAUUAAGGUCUUGUUCACCAUUUACACUCUUUAGUGUUGCUGAUUUGGUUCAGUAAGAAGAACUCAAACAUGGAUCAGCAGGAAUACAAAAUGCUUAGUGACAAAAUGUUCACUUACAAAGGAACAGUCUUAACUUUGGCAAAAAGUCGUGAUCUUACUCCUGAAUAUAUUGACAGUUUAGCGGAUUUUGAAACAAAGGAUGAUGAUGUCUUUGUUGUUACCUUCCCCAAAUCUGGUACGGUAUGGACCCAUCGGAUCAUGACGUUAAUAUAUGCUGAAGAUUUCCCGGACAAAGCCAAUCAACCAAUCCACGAGCAGAUCCCCUGGUUAGAGUACAGAGCAAAGGAGAAAAAUUACAACACACGUCCAUCUCCAAGACUCUUCUGUUCUCAUUUACUCCAGCCACUGAUGCCCAAAAUGCUGCAAAGAAAGGGAAAAGUCAUCUAUGUCAUGAGAAACCCGAAAGAUGUUAUGGUGUCAUAUGUCCAUUUUUCCAACAACAUGAAAAACCUGAUUUCAUCUGAGAGCUUCAGUGAGAUACUGGAAAAAUUCUUUACAGGAUUGAUGCUUGGUGGCUGUUGGUUUGACCACGUUAAAGGAUGGAUCACAAAUAAAGACAAAUACAACAUCCUGAUCCUUACUUAUGAAGAAAUGAUCAAGGACCUCAGAUCCGUCGUUGUGAAAAUCUGUGAGGUUUGUGGGAAAGAAUCUGUCAGACGCACACAUCGAAGCGAUAAAGUGGUGGAAAACAGCCCACGUUCAAGCACCGAAUACAGACCCCUUGGCCAACUAUGA